AAAAAAAAAAAAAAAGUCGUAAAUUGAUAUGUAUGAUUACGAGCAGGUAUAGUAUCAAUGACAAAUUUAGUAUUUAAAGUCAGGCGACUUCACCCGUGUGUUGUUUCAUGUAGCUGAGUGUGAGACAAGAGAGCGGUGGAGAGAAGAGGGAGGGAGAAAGAGAGAAAGAACAGCCCCUGAUUCCACUCGUGCAUUUUUAACGGCGUUGUGGAACUUUGUGGGUUGUCGCUAUGACUCCUGGGCUAUACCGUUACAUCCCUCACAGCCUGCAAACAGCAGCUCCGCAAAACUCACCCAGAUCCGGUCAGCUUUUACCGAAGGAGAAGGAGAAUGCACAAUAGUUACAGGUAGCUCCAAACUUGCCAUCGUCUAGCUUCACAUUUCUACUAUAUGAGUAAAUAAACACAUGGACCUGCCUGUGAGUAAAUCUUACAAUCUGGUGACUUUCUUUAUACUUUCCUUUCUUUUUCACUACCUUUAUAUAUGCUUUUAUUCUUGGAUGUUUGGGUGCAAAUCUCCAUUUCAGCUCUGCAAGUUUUAUUUCAAUACCAAGCGCAAAAGACACCACCCUGCUUUGUUCUGUUGGGGUCUGUCCUAUUUUAAGCCAGAAUAUCCAGCUGAACUUAAUUUAAGGUUGAGUUUAAGCUGACUUUCAAAGUUGUGCUUUCCUCCAUUGGCUGAAGACGUGCAAAAGUUUCUGAAAUGACGCUGAACACGCAGAGAGAGAGUAGAGAGAUGGUGAGGAGAAGGGCCAGUACUCCGAUCCCCUCCUCUCGGCAUGGAGUAAUACACAGAGAACCUCUGCAUCCUCCUCUCGCCCAGUCUGCCUCCUACCAGGCUGGAGACACCAAACUCCACCUGAGAGCUCACUGGUCCUCCGACUCAGAGGAGUCUGACAGCUCAGGCUACGAGUGUCUCUACCGGGUCAUCCUACUGGGUGAUCAUGGAGUCGGCAAGUCCAGCCUCGCCAGCAUCUUUGCUGGGAUCCAAGAAAAAGAUGCCCACAACUGCAUAGGUGAGGACAUGUACGAAAGAACACUGAGAGUGGAUGGAGAAGAAACUACCCUCAUAGUAAUGGACACAUGGGAAGCAGAAAAGCAGGAAGAGGACGAGAAGUGGGUGCAGGACUAUUGCAUGCAGGUUGGGAAUGCGUAUAUCAUAGUUUACUCCAUCACUGACCGCAGCAGCUUUGAGAGUGCAUCGGAGCUGCGCAUCCAGCUGCGACGCAUCCGUCAGGCUGAGAAUAUUCCCAUCAUUCUUGUGGGCAACAAGAGCGACCUGGUGCGCUGUCGAGAGGUAGCAGUGGAAGAGGGUCGGGCAUGUGCUGUUGUUUUUGACUGCAAAUUCAUUGAGACAUCAGCAUCAUUGAACCACAAUGUGCAAGAGCUGUUUGAAGGCAUCGUGAGGCAGAUCCGUCUGCGACGGGAUAGUAAAGAGACCAACGAGCACCGGCGCUCCAUUUACAAGUGCAAGGAGAGCUUCACCAAAAAGGCCCGCCGCUUCCUCGACAAACUGGUGGCCAAGAACAACAAAAAGAUGGCCUUGAAAGUGCGCUCCAAAUCCUGCCAUGACCUGGCUGUGUUAUGAGGUCUUUUCUUAACUUCUGAAAGCUUUGAAAGCCAUCAGGCAUCUGGUUUUUAUAAGGGAUUUUUUGUCAUUAUUUAUUAUUUAUUUAGCUUCAGUUUUGAAGAGAGUGGAUUUAAUGGAUGAUACUUUUGAGAAUCCUUUCAGCAAAUAAAUCUGAAAAAUUAUGUUGGGAUGAGGAGUCAUGAAGCAAUUGUAUCAAAUCAAACAGUUGUAUCAAAUAUUAAGUAGACUUUGUCUUUGUUGGACUUCUUUUUGUGUUUGCCUUAUUGGAUUGGGUAGAUAUCUACUCACCAAAAAAAUGAAAGAAUAAUUAUACAAAGCAUGUGUACAAGGUGAUGGGCCACCAUAAGCAACCAAAAUAGCUUCAAUGCAUCUUUGCAAGUGUCUGGAAUUAUACUGGAGAAUGAACACCAUUCUCCCAAAAUAUUUUCACUCAGUUAAUGUUUUGAUGAGUCCACAUGCCCUGUGGAUGAUGGUAUUGUCAUCCUGAAAGAGACCAUACCAAUCAGGAUAUAAAUAUUUUGUCUUGGAGUAAAAAUUAGUGAUUGUUUUGCAGUGAUGCUUUACUAUAAUGGAAUAAGUGGACCCAAAACCAUACCAGCAAAAUGCUUCUCACAGAAUAAAACAGCUCAUUUUAAUUGAUCACCCAUCUGUAGCUUAAGGGAUAUAUCUCUAGUUAUACUACUUGAUACUAUUUAAAUCAAAUAGUAUGAUCAAUUGUCAUUUAGUUCAUUUGUAUAACUGACCAUUUAUUAUAGGAAAGCAUGGUAUAAAAUGUACUACAGGUACCACUGUACCUCUAUGUUUCAUGAAAAGGGUUGCUCUCUAAUACUCCAUUUCUAUGAACUGUACAAGCUGACUAGAAAAAAAAGCUACAUAAUUAAGGCUGUUUAAAAGUGUGAGCGUGCUGAUCAUUAUCUAUAAAUAUUGUGUGAAUGUUUUCUGGAAACAUGCUUUUUGUGUGUAUAUUCUAGGUAAAGAUAUUAUGCAACUGUCCUCAGUCUUAAACAGAACUGCUUAGUUUGCAGAUACACGUCAAACCAAAGAUUCAGAAAUGAGUGAGAGUUAUUUCACUCAUUGGGUAAAAGGUAAUGCUUUAUAUUUGUUCUGACAAUUUUCUGUCUGAUUUUUUGGAACAUGCUUAAAAAAACAGCAACAUUUUGUACAAAGUAACAUUGGCUUGCAAACA